CGAAACCAUUGGCGUCACGCCCUCGCCACGCCCACGUCUUUGCCUAGCCUUACCUUGGAUGACCAUGGCGUGCGGUUUUCCCUGCUUAUCUCGAAGAUGUUCUGCCUUCCUCGUUUUCCCUGCUCAUCUCGCAUUCCUCGCGUUCCGCACUCUUGCUCAGAUGUCUCUAAAGCCCUCUUGGCCCUGCAUGCAGGCCGCCACUGGUGGCAUGGAUGCGGCAUGGCGGGUUACAGAAAUCUUCGAUACUAUUCCUUUUCGGCGAGGUUCGACAGACGAGUUAGCUCUAACGUUUCCUAACCUCUUUUUUCUCCUCGUUUCCGGGCCGAAUUGCAUGCCAAGAUGAAAUAACGCUCAGAAACCGACAGCCUAUGAGAACGAAACCGAUCGAUUCGCCGCUUCCAAGUUGUGACCCUCCGAUUGGAGUCCUAGGCUCGGAGGUUACAGACCACUGCAAGCUCGCAGGUUACGGACCACUGCAGGGUGUUUCUGAGAAUUCUUAAAAAUAUCCGGCUCGGUUUUCACGAACCCUAGGGCACAUUCAAGUUUCGCCUGUAACACAAUCAUCCGAUUCUCACCCCCUGUUCUCACCCCCUGUUCUCGCCCCCUGUUCUCACCCCCUCCUCCCACCACUAUUCCCUCAUUCGUCUUUUAUGUGCGUCCUCAAAGCUGUUCUUCUCGUCUAGAUGCUGAAUCAGUCUUAUCGUCGUCUGCUCUUGAAAACUCCUUGGAAUUUCACACCUUUUUUCCAAUGUCAAUUCUCUGGCUUGCCUUUGUUGCUGUCGCGGCAGCAACGGUACUCAGGAUCCCGUCUGGGCCGCUGCUGCGCGCAUCCCCGCAUCUGAGUGUUCAUGUGCAACCGGCCGGUCGGGCUUUAAUAAACUUUUAUGGACUUCAAUAAUGGGGAGAUUACUCCUGUGUGUGAGGCAAGAGCAUAGGCCAUCAAAGAGCUUCUCCUUUCGUCACUGUUCUUUCAAACCCCUCUUGACUUCCUAUCCCCUUUGUGGCUCGCUCCUUCCCCCUUGUCCGUCCUUGCUUUUGAGGCUCGCUCAUUCCUCAAAAGCUUUCUCUGCCUAUCCCCUUCUGUGGCUCGCUCCUUCCCCCUUGUCCAUCCCGCCAGCAGCCAAGGCCCAACGGGCGUAGCACUUGUUGCUGCCAUUUUUGCUGCUGCUGCCCUGGUUGCUGCUGUUGAAGCAUGGAUGCCAGGAGGGGCAGAAGUAGAAGAGGGAGAGGGCGGAGAGGAGGAGGAUGACGACGACAAUGAUGAUGACGAUGGCGAUGGGUGGGAGAGGCAGUUGAGGCUGGGGGGGGAGGAGGAGAGGGGAGGAUGGGAUAUGUAUCUUUGGCAAAGGGAGGGGGAUGAGCGGGAGGAGGAAGACGAGGAGGAGGUGGAGCAGGAGGAGGUAUAUGAGGACGAGGAGGCUGAGGAGGAACGAAGGAGGCGUGUGUGGGAAAAUUUGGAGAGGCAGGCAGAGAAGGAGGAUGAUCGGGAGAUGUGGGAGGAAUGGCAGGAGGAGUGGGAGGAUAGGAGAGAGAGGAGUGGGGGAGGCGCCAAAGGUAGGAGAAGGUGGGAGUAGGAGGGGGGGUAGGAGAAUGGCGAGACGGAUGAGGAGAGGGGAGGAGGGGGAGGACGAUGGAGUGAUGGGUGUAUGGAACAGGGUGAGAGCUGGGAGACUGAAGGGGCAACCUCGAAAUUCAUGUACGAUAUGAUAGUGGUCUUCUCUCGCAUUGUCAGGCGUUUGCAAGUAAAUUUCACAUCAAUAAAAACAGGGCUCAACGUGCCAUGCCAACGCAUCGCGUUUACUCGUGUGCCAUGGUUUUGUGGAGUAGGCUGAGUGAUAAAUUGGAUAAAAGGCA